UCGAACACGAGUUUUCCGCAGUAAAGUGUGAAAUUCUUAACAAAUUUGGGCGGACGUAAUUUCAAAUCAUAUGCAACUCUCGCCAUCGUUCUCAUUGCAAAAGUAGGCAUUCCUGGCCUACAAACUGUCGAAAACGGUGGUCAGAUCCAGUCCAAAACUCGUUAAUCGUUACUCGGCAGGUGUUCGGUGUUCGCAGCGGUCGUUUACCUUGCUCAGUUCGUUUAACGACCCUGAGCAGAUGCACGUAAAAAAGUUGCUCGUUGUUCAAUUUGUUGCGCUGAGACACGACGUGAAAAGUGUGUUGUAAUUUCUUGCACAAAGUAAUUAACUGUUGCACUAGUCCUUCAGUCGGUUUGUUAAUUGCUGCGGUCGAAAGAUGAAGGACGAUAUCAUCUAUCUGGUGCUACUGGGCACGUGUAUCGGAUUCGGCCAGUACUACCGAAAGUUGACCAACCCGCAGGAAAAGAAACUCAUCGGAACCGGUUUCGGGUUUCUGGUGGUGCUGUCGGUAAGCGGAUUCCACAUGCUGCACAUGCUCUUCUGUUAUCUCGUCAGUGCACUGCUGAUAAUCUAUGCUAGUCGCAAAGUUUGUCAUCUAGCGUGCUUUGGUUUCAUGUUCGGUUACCUUUGCUUUUUCCGUGCGCUAGCGUUGCUAGGGUAUGAAUCGCCUCCCGGUCACACGAACAUGAUCCAGAUGAUACUCACCCUGAAGCUAGUGGGACUGGCGUUUGAGGUCAACGCUGCCCAUACCCGCCGUCAACUGGCCGCCGCUGGCACAGGAGAGCCACCGAAGGAUAUCGAUCAGACACUCUUGCAGCUCGAUAUGCUAAACAUCUUCCACUACAGCUUCAACUAUGUCGGUGUACUAACCGGACCGUACAUUACCUACAAAACGUACCUCGAUGCGAUCUAUUUACCGUACAGUGGGCGCGCCAACUGCGUUGCGGCUACGUUGGAAAGGCUAAAGGUUAUCCCUCUUUACGCCAGUCUAUUUCUGCUCGUAUCCUACGUGUGGCCCCUCCAGUACGCCACCAGCGACGAGUUCUACUUGGAGCACUCGUUUAUCUACCGGCUGUGGUAUGUUUGGCCCACGUUCUUCAUCUUUCGUAUGCGCAUCUACACGGGAAUCCUGUUGAGUGAGUGCGUUUGCACGAUGGCCGGUUUCGGGGCGUAUCCGGUGUCCUUCGCUAGCAAACCAGGACACGGACCGACGAAGGAAACCCCGGUUCCGGCAUCACUGGAAGGGUUGGAGUACAACUUUGAAGCAGUACGUAACAUCGACGUCAUCAAUACGGAGCGCUGCUGGACGUUCCGUGAAGCGAUGAAAUACUGGAACAUGUGCGUUCAGUACUGGAUGGCCAUGUACGUGUACAAGCGCUUCCCGAGCAAAAAAUAUCGCACACUAGCUACGCUCGGUAUUUCCGCACUCUGGCAUGGUGUCUACGGUGGUUACUACUUCUGCAUCUGCGCCGCACCUUUCUAUCUGCCGAUCGAGGACAUCUAUGUUAAGCUGUUUGUGAACGAUGCAACCGGUACCCGCCGAACGGUGUUCAACGUAUUGUGCUGGAUUUCCAAGUUUUUCGCUUUCUCGUACAUGGGCAUCGCGUUUCUGCUGCUAACGGUAGACAAAAUCUGGCAUUACUACAGCUCGGUGUACCACUUCGGCUACGUGCUGUGGUUGGUGAUGUUUGGUGUCGGUGUGCUGCUUACCAAGCAGCGUAAAGCGGCCGCGAAGCGGGAGGAACGGGCCCGCCAGCAAAGUACAAAGCAGGAUUAAGGGGCGGACCGGGAUUCCCCGGGUCCGAGAUGAUACAAACAUUUUCCUCGAAACAAUGCACACUGCAAGCGCGUGUUCUAGUUUAGUCGUAGCGCUUCCUAGAGACUGUUAUUUUAUAUGUUGUUCGGGUUUUCUGGUAUUACACUGUUCGGUUGAUGCGAGUUGUUUCAUCAGUAUGUUAAAGAAUAAUAACUUAUAAUAAUGUAGAAUUUUGCAUGCUUGAUAAAUAUAUUUAGGUGCCUAUUUCCGU